AUGGCUUCUACGUCUGUCACGUGCAGACAGGCCACGCUGAUGUUGAAGUCGGCAGGUCGGCAAAUCUGCGGCGUGCCAAGCGCUUAUGUAACCAUCAUCACCACCUUUGAAGUCCAGCCUCAACCUCCUCACCUUAUCAAUGUGAUCACAAACCUUGCGGUCCAGGCCGCAUACCCGUUACCUAGCCACUACGGGAACGACUAUAGACCGGAAGUUAUGCCUACCGAGCGUGUGCCGUCCCCACGGAUCGUGUUUGCUUGCCGUUAA